GACGUUUCCUUCUCAUUAAGAUCCAACGCGGUUACUGACCCCAUGUAUAGAUCAUGUGCCUCGUGCAUAAGGUCCCAGAAAUUUUGAGCCGGAGAGAAAUUUUGCUGGAUAAACACUUUGGUGUUCAUAUGCAUACAUAGCACCAGUAUGGCAAACUCGUAUUCUAUUGAUGUUCUACUAAGACCGGAUAACCAUGAAGACAACAAGAAAAUUAAAGAAAACGACCUCAAUUCAAAUAAAGCAAAAGCGUUAGCAAAAAAGUUGGCAGAUGCAAUGAUAGAACAAACUGAAACAGCGAAGAACAAGUCUCGAAGAGCUCGGACAGCAUUCACCCAACAUCAGUUAUCAACGAUGGAAAGAGCUUUUGCUCGGACGCAUUAUCCUGAUGUUUUCAUGCGAGAAAGACUGGCUUCGUUUACGAAUCUACCAGAAUCAAGAAUACAGGUGUGGUUCAAAAACCGGCGAGCUAAACACAGAAAACUUGAAUCUCAAUAUCCAAUUCAACUUUUCCACACAACAAUGUCUCCAAUUGCAAGCAGAAAUCCACUACUUUGGAAUCAUCAAGAACAUUAUUCACCAGACGAUCGGCAACAUUUAGCAUUCAGACCAAAUGUUUUACUAACAAGACAACCAAUUCCAACUUACAUAGACCAGUCUUCCCCAUAUCGUCUUUAUCCACUCCAUUCGUUGCCUACCUCACCAACAGUAAAAAUACCCCGAACAUAUAAUGGACAAUGGCAAUCAAGCUAUGUGCCAUGUACACAGCUCAUUUGAACACAUUUUAGUGUUUAAUAUUCAAAGAUAUAUGUUCAUUUUAUGGCAUUUUUAAUUUAUACCAAGCAAACUAUGUGAUAUGUAAUGGUAAAUCUUAAUGAACGUACGUUCGAUUGAUUCAUUCGAUGCAUUUUUUGAUAAAACUGAAUAUUAAUACUGAAUGUAUAAUUGUCGCAUUUGCACGAGGUCACACCGCGCGUUGACUGCAAACCGUGUAAUCUUCACUGUAGGGCAUCAACGCAAUCCACGAAAAUCUGAUGUCUUUUGCGCACCUAAAUAAUUAGUUUCACGCAAAAGAAGUAUGCACAUUUAUCAUAAAAUUUGUCACCGUUGGGUUUGAUUUAAAUUGCCACUCAGUAGUGAAGGCGCUUGCAGAACUACAGAGAAAGGGUCGUGAGCAUCCUCCCCAAAUUUUGGAAAAUUGAGGCGCGGAAAUGGGAUUUCCUGCACUUUUCGGCGCAUUUAUUACAAUUCUUU